AUGGGCCCAGUUUCUUACGAAUCACAGGAUAUUCGCACAAAACGUAUUCCAUUCGGUGAAUACCUUUUCAAAAAAUUAGUUCAGAGUGGCUCAAAAUCUAUCUUUGGUGUCCCAGGUGAUUAUAACUUACCGCUGUUGGAACAUCUCUAUGACGACUCCGUCAAAGAUAUCGGAUGUAGAUGGAUCGCAUGCUGUAACGAAUUAAAUGCUGCUUAUGCAGCUGAUGGUUACUCUCGCUAUACCAACAAAUUGGCAACUCUUAUUACUACUUAUGGUGUUGGUGAAUUGAGUGCAAUAAAUGGUGUUGCCGGUUCUAGUGCUGAAAACGUUAAAGUUUUGCAUAUCGUUGGUGUAGUUAAGUCAGAUGCACCUGAAUGUAAUUAUCACCAUUUGAUACCCCAAUUGCAACAUUCCAAUUUUAUUGGUCCCAACAGAAAGAUUUGCUACGAUAUGGUAAAAGACAGGGUAGCAUGCUCUGCAGAAUAUUUGGAAGACAUUGAAACUGCUCCUGAAAAAGUUGACAAGGUGAUAACAGAGAUCUAUAAACAUUCUAAACCAGGUUACCUUUUCGUUCCAGCCGAUUUUGCUGAUAAACUAGUCGAUACGACUUGUUUGAACAAUGAAAUCAACUUGUGCAAUUCUAUUGAAAGGACUCCUUCCGAGAAAUUGGAUUCUAUUGUCGACGGUGUUUUACAAUGGAUCUAUCAAAGUCAAACUCCUGCUAUCUUAGCAGAUGGUAACGUGGAUAGGUUUGGAUUAAUUUCACAAUUGAACCAGUUCAUUGAAAGGACGCAGAUGGUCAAUUUUACUACGAUUAUGGGUAAAUCUAUCAUAGAUGAGACCAAUCCAAGGUACCAGGGUCUUUACGCUGGUAAGAGCUGUACAGAUUUGGUUAGAAGUAAAUUUUUAAGCUGUGACUUAAUUUUACACUUCGGUGUGGAGAAGAAUGAGGUUAACUAUUGUGCCCAAGGUUUCCCCUAUGGCCCUCAAGCUAAAGUCAUUGAAUUUCAUCAAUCUUAUAUUAGAUUAUUCGAUACGCUAAAUGGCGAUGAACAGCUUUUUGAAAACGUUAAUUUUGUCGACGUCUUAACCGCCCUACAUCAGAGAAUCGAUAUUAGUAAAUUGAAUUUACAAUACGAUAAGGCUAUUUUCACUACUUAUGAACCAAGUCAGUUGAAUCUACCUGAAGAAGAUACUUCUGAUGUGACUCAGAUUUAUUUACAAAAGAAAUUCCCUGAAAUCUUGGCCCCAGGUGAUAUUUUGGUGAGUGAUACCGGUUCUUUCCAAUUUGGUGUUCGUGACUACAAAUUACCAACUCAGUCUAAAUUCAUGGCUCAAAGUACUUGGUUGUCUAUUGGUAUGGGUCUUCCUGCUGCUCUUGGUGUCGGUAUUGGUAUGCAAGACUACCCACGAAUUCACAUCUGUGAUCAAUCUAAGGUGCCAGCCGGUUACAAACCAAAAUUGGUUCUUGGUGUAGGUGAUGGUGCUGCCCAAAUGACUGUACAAGAAUUGACUACCAUGCUACGUUAUCAUGUUGAUAUUAAUGUUUUCGUCUGGAACAAUAACGGUUAUACUAUCGAAAGAGCUAUCAUGGGUGAAAACAGCGAUUACAACGAUAUCAUGCCUUGGAGAUGGACUAAACUAUUUGAAGCGUUUGGUGAUUUCGAUGGUAAAUAUUCCAACAGUUCUUUGGUUAAAACCCGUCAAGAGCUCGAUCAAAAGAUCGAGGAUAUCAACAAGGGCGGCAAAGGUAUUGAAUUGGUUGAGGUUAAAUUGGGUGUGAUGGACUAUCCAGCACAACUUCAAAUGAUGCUUUCCAACAUGAAAAAUGCCAAGAAAUAA